AUGGACGCCAUUCAAGAGUUCCCUGCCGUGCUCGGCCCGUCCGUACCGGCCGCGAAGCCCAAGAUGCUGCCGCUGCGCUGGCCCGGCGCGCUCGCCGGACUCAAGCUCAGCAAUCCAAUUCCGCCAAACUACCGCAGCAAGGCCCGCAAGCUGCGUCUCCGCCUCAGUUUGAGCGGCAUUGGUAAGCCAAAUGCUGGCACCCAGAACCGUCCCGACGACAUCACCCGUCUCCAAACUUCCUUCGACCCGCGCGAGUCGAUUCGGUUGUUGCGCACAAGGACGUGGACCCUCUGGGACCUUCAGUACAUCGUGCUGGCCGGCUACAUCACCUUCUCCCUGGCCAUCCUGCCCUCUGCCCCGCUCAUCAAGAUGGGCGCUGUCGUGCUGGGCGCGCUGCUUCUUCUCAUGCCCAUCACUAGGCAAUUCUUUCUGCCAUCACUGCCAAUAUGGACUUAUCUUCUCUACUUCUUUGCGAGCCGAUUCAUCGCUCCCGAAUACCGCCCACACAUUUGGGUCAAGGUGCUGCCCGCUCUGGAGAAUGUCAUGUACGGGGCGAACCUCUCUAACAUCCUCUCGGCCCAUACUCACGCCGUGCUCGACAUUCUGGCUUGGAUCCCAUACGGCGUUGGCCACUUCGCGCUGCCCGCCAUUUGCAGCGGUUUCUUGUUCCUCUUCGCCGCCCCGGGCACUACUCCGGUCUUCGCCCGUGCCUUUGGCUACAUGUCCAUCGCCGGCGUUACCAUCCAAUUGAUUUUCCCCUGCACGCCGCCGUGGUACGAGAAGCUGCACGGCCUGGAGCCUGCCCACUACGGCAUGCCUGGCUCGCCAGCGGGGCUGCGCCGCGUUGACGAGCUGUUCGGCGUCGACAUGUACACCACCAGCUUCACCACCGCCCCCUUGCCCUUUGGCGCCUUCCCGUCGCUCCAUGCCGGCGAUGCCAUCCUGGAGGCCCUCUUCAUGCAGUACUGCUUCCCGCGCUUCAGACCCUUUUUCAUUUUCUACUCAGUCUGGAUCUGCUGGUCGACCAUGUACCUGAACCACCACUAUGCCAUUGACUUGGUCGGUGGCGGUAUCAUGGCCGCCAUCGCCUACUACAUAUCGCGCACUCGCUUCCUCCCGCGGCCCCAGCUCGACAAGACGACACGCUGGGAGUACGAGUACGUUGAGUAUGGCGAUCGCCCGCGCAUCUACGACGAGGAAUCGGCCGGCGCCUACUACGGCACUAACGCUGAUGGCAAUGCCUAUGGCAGCUACGGUCUUGGCCUGCUGACUCACCGCCGCCCUGGCAGCAGCGACAGCGAUGAAUGGACUCUUGGCAGCUCCUCCAGCUUCGACUCACUCAGCCGCGGAGAUACCCUCUGCGGCAGUUCGAGCAGCACUCCGGGCAUCCUGAGUCCUACUACGCCCAAUGAUGAUCACGUUGACGUGUGGAGUAAGGUGCGCAUCGGGGCUAAAGACACAGAUGCUACGGAAGUCUACGUCGCGCGGUGA